AGUGCAGUGAAACGCAUGAUUGAGUAGUAUUGACUCAUCAACAUUCAACAACGCUGUCUGUCCACCACCACUGCCAGCAACGGGUGGCCCCUGUAAUCCCACAGUUCCAAGUACCACUACCAGUCAUUUCAACCGGUGGCUUUCAACAAGUUCUCGACACGUGUCGGUCACUUAGGUUUCCAGUCAGCGCACACACACGCCCCUUCACCUUUUCUGUGUGACUGUCACCACCAAUAGUUUGGAAUCGAAUCGAAACCCUAGCAACCUUCCGCCGCCGCCACCGCCGCCGUUUGCAGCGGCAUGAACCUCUUUUGGAGCGCGUUUGAGUUUGCGACGCUUGACCGGGAUCUGAAAUUGGAAAGGCUUUCAGCUGGCUUGGGGCUAGUUGAGGGAUAGUGCUGUUCUGUCUGUCACAGAUGGGUGAAGAUAACCGGCGGGUUGGUGGGUUUUCAGCUGGUCUGGCUUUGAUAUUGAACGGCGAGGACAGUAAGAAAUGUUCGUCGAAAAAUCGGCUUCUUUCUUGCUGUGAUGAUUUAGGUCAACAGUCUGUGGAGCGAACGCUUGAGUACGUUUUUGGCCUCCCCAACAGAUCACUCAAUUCAUUGGCUGGUCCGGUGGACCGCGAUUUUAUUCGCUCCGUUAUUAGGAAAGAUUUCUCAAGAUGUAAUGCCGAAUCAGGCGAUUCUUCUACGGAAAGAGAAGGGAUUUUUAUUGGUAAUAAAAAUGGCAACGGGCCUGAUGUUGUAGACCUUGAAGAAUCUAGCAUCUGCGGCGAUCUUAAAAUCAUCAAGUCACCUUUUCUUAUAGAGAGCUUGGCAAUGUUCAGUAGUGCGAGGGCUAAUACUUGUGUUUGGAAAGGAAAGUGGAUGUAUGAAGUUAUGUUAGAAACAUCUGGUAUACAGCAGAUUGGUUGGGCCACUCUUUCUUGCCCUUUCACUGACCAUAAAGGUGUUGGCGAUGCUGAUGAUUCAUAUGCUUAUGAUGGGAGACGAGUUAGCAAGUGGAACAAGGAUGCAGAGACAUAUGGUCAGUCAUGGGUUGUUGGUGAUGUCAUUGGAUGUUGCAUAGAUUUAGAUCGAGAUGAAAUACUAUUCUUCAGGAAUGGCAAUCCACUUGGGGUGGCAUUCCGAGGAAUUCGAAAAAUGGGUCCUGCUUUUGGUUAUUAUCCAGCAAUUUCCCUCUCCCAGGGCGAAAGAUGUGAACUGAACUUUGGGGCACGGCCCUUCAAGUACCCAGUUGAAGGCUACCUUCCUCUUCAGGCUCCUCCCUCCAAGAGCUACUUUUUGACACGAUUGCUACAAUGCUGGUCAAGGCUUUUGGACAUGCAUUCAGUAGAGCGAGCUGAUCAUUCUUUAGCUCAGAAAUUGAGAAGAGUGAAGAAGUUUGUUUCAUUGGAAGAAAUUUUUCACCCUGCCUCUGAUGCUAUUUGUGAGGAAUUGUUCUCUAUAAUUGAAGCAGAUGCUGGGAACACAGAGUAUAUGGUUUGGGGUCCUUUGUUGUCCUUUAUGUUUGAAGUUUUAGGAUUUCAUCCACCCCAUGACUAUUCAAGCUUGGAUAAAGUAGUUGAAACACUACUACAAUUUCAAGGAUCACAUUUCCUGUUUUACCACAUGAUAAAUGCCCUUUCCUGUGGUUGUAAAGUAGCCCCGUUAGUCCUCACUGAAUGUCCUUACUCUGGAUCAUAUUCUCACCUUGCAUUAGCAUGUCAUCUACUAAGACGAGAGGAACUAAUGGUGCUUUGGUGGAAGUCACCAGAUUUUGAAUUUUUGUUUGAAGGCUUUCUGUCACAAAAGACUCCAAACAGGCAGGAUCUUGACUCAUUGAUACCAACUGUUUGGUGGCCUGGUUCCUGUGAAGAUGCAUCUUAUGAAGGUAACAUGAUGUUGACAACCACAGCUUUGUCUGAAUCAAUCAGUAAGAUUGAGGAGAAGCAUAGGGACCUUUGUCGCUUAGUUAUACAAUUUAUACCGCCUACAACACCUCCCCAAUUACCUGGAGCCGUUUUCAGGACAUUCUUACAAAGCCUUCUGCUGAAGAACAGAGGAGCAGAACGAAAUGUCCCGCCACCUGGAGUUUCUAGUAACUCGGUUCUUGUUUCAAUUUAUACAGUUUUGCUCCAUUUUCUAUCUGAAGGAUUUGCGUUGGGUGAAGUCUGUGGCUGGUUAAAGAGCUGCAAAUCAGAUGUUGGUUUCCUUCACAGAGGUGGUCAACGAAGUUUCCCCACACGCUUGUUUCUGAAAAAUGAUCCCCAUAGAAUUAAUAUUUCCCGGCUUGGGGGAUCCUACACCCAUUUAUCAAAGAUACACCCUAUAGUUGAGCAUGAAAUGGAAGUGGUUGAAUGGGAUGAAGGUUGCAUGGAUAAUGAAGAAACCAGAGUAACGCAUUCGACCAGGCAGAAGCCGUGCUGUUGUUCUAGUUACGAUUCUGAUUUUACAAGAAACUUGAAGGUUCCAGCUAAAUACCUGGCCAAAGGUUCUCGGGGCCAUUGUAGCUCCAUUCCAGAAAGACCUGCUCAUGUUGCUGCCGAAUGCAGUGAUGAGGGUUUGAACGAUGAAAUAACAGAUAAGCCUAGCUCCAGUGAUCAAUCUGAACCUGAGUACGGUUACCGCCAAGUGUACCAUAUGAAAUCUGUAUCAAGGGAUACUAAUAUGUCUACAGCUACCCUUCAAGAAGAAGAGCUACUUGAUGCUUUGUUGUGGUUGUAUCAUGUUGGUCUUGCUCCAAAUUUUAAGCAGGCGUCAUACUACAUGACUCAUCAGGCACAAUCAAUCUCCCUUUUAGAGGAAACAGAUAAACAAAUACGAGAACGAUCUUGUGGCGAGAAAUUGAAGCGUUUGAAAGAAGCUCGCAAUGAAUAUAGAGAAGAGGUUAUUGAUUGUGUUAGGCAUUGUUCUUGGUAUCGCAUCUCUCUAUUAUCUCGAUGCAAACAGCGAGGAAUGUAUGCAAUGUGCAUGUGGGUUGCCCAGUUGUUACUGGUUCUGAGCAAUAUGGAUUCAGUGUUCAUCUACAUCCCUGAAUAUUAUCUGGAAGCAUUGGUUGAUUGCUUUCAUGUGUUGCGGAAAAGUGAUCCUCCAUUUGUUCCUUCCACAAUUUUGAUCAAGCAAGGACUCACUUCAUUUGUCACUUUUGUAGUUACUCAUUUCAACGAUCCAAGGAUAUCAAGUGCAGAUCUUAGGGAUCUUCUUCUCCAGUCGAUAUCCGUCCUGGUGCAGUACAGAGAGUAUUUGGCUGCUUUUGAGAGCAAUGAAGCAGCCACCCAAAGGAUGCCCAAAGCUUUAUUAUCAGCAUUUGAUAAUAGAUCUUGGAUCCCAGUGAUGAACAUUCUCCUGCGAUUAUGCAAGGGUAGUGGUUUUAGUUUUUCAAAGACUGGAGAGUCAUCUUCAUCAUCAGUUCUAUUCCAAAGGUUGCUAAGAGAAGCUUGCAUUAACGAUGAAGGAUUAUUUUCAUCUUUUCUAAACCGUCUAUUUAAUACACUUAGCUGGACCAUGACUGAGUUCUCCGUUUCUGUUCGAGAAAUGCAAGAAAAGUACCAGGUAAUAGAGUUUCAGCAAAGGAAAUGUUGUGUCAUAUUUGAUCUUUCAUGUAAUCUUACAAGGAUUCUGGAGUUCUACACUCGUGAGAUUCCUCAAGCAUUCUUGUCUGGUCCAGAAACAAACCUACGGAGGUUAACUGAAUUGGUUGUAUUUAUCUUGAAUCAUAUUACUUCUGCGGCUGAUGCUGAGUUCUUUGACUUAUCAUUUAAACGGCAUAACCAAUCUUCGGAGAAAGUAAAUCGAGGCAUGAUUUUGGCACCUCUUGUUGGGAUCAUGUUAAAUUUAUUGGAUGCUACAAAUUUGGCAGAAGAUCCCGAGAACAAUGAUCUUUUGGAUGUUUUUGCAAGCAUGGAGUGUCCAGAUACUGUUCAUUAUGGUUUUCAGUAUCUUCUGGAUUAUAACUGGGAUGGGUCUUGUCGCCGGGAAGCUUUUCUGGCAAAAUACGAGCAGCUAGAGAAUUUUCUCAGCCUCCUUACUUGCCGCAUUGUGUCACGGCAUGAUAAAGUGGAAAGUGUAGGAGAUACAGACCUAGAGGAUAGCUUAUGCUGCAUAUGUUAUGCAUGUGAAGCAGAUGCCCAGAUUGAACCAUGUUCACAUAGGUCUUGCUAUGGCUGUAUAACCAGACAUCUUUUGAACUGCCAGAGAUGUUUCUUUUGCAAUGCUACAGUGACAGAUGUGAGCAGAAUAUGUGAGAAGACAGGCUGAGGAGCCUCUAUUUUGUGGUUGCUCGGUUCCUGGUGCACCUAAGCUGGUCCAUAGCUGAUUAGUUGCCUAUUUUUGAACAUGAUAUUUCAGAAAUGACAACAAAUGUUUAGGAAAGAAAACAGAAGGUUAAGAUAGGGUGUAGUAAGAUGGGUGGUGGGGUAGUUGCAUAGGAGUUAAUCUGUUCAAGGUGGUGAAGUGCUUCGUAUGGGCCUGGAUGUCGCUGCCAUCGGUGAAUUAAGAAUUUUGUAGGAUUUGUUAGAGGGUAUUAUGCUGUAAAUAUGCGAUGUAAAUGGCAAGCAAAGUUGUCGAAGUUUCUUUCUUUAAGCAUGGCAACUCUUCAUUAUUCGCUAAAUUAGCUUUGGAGGCCGUGAUGUCCAACUCUGCAGUAGAACAUGGUUAGAUGUUUGGGGGAUUAAAUUUAAAAGGCUAGUACAGUUAUGGUAAAAAAACCAUUGACAUAUGUGAGUAUGGAGAUCUCACUGAAAUCAGUGAGAAUCGCAUGGCUUUGUUCAUCACAUUAGAAAUUAUAUAAAUAAAUUAUAUUUGUUAGGAGAGAAAGGCUUUUCAACUCAGAUUACUUUUAUUCUGUAUUUCAGCAUUUUGCAGUUCAUCAAUCAAAGUUUGUGGGGGUGUUUCGUCAGGCAUUUUUUCUGGUUCAGGAACUUUGUCUCGGUGGUUGUCAGGAAUUUGAUUAGCAGAAAUGUUCUUUUGUACGUUUUCACUGAAUGCUGUAAAUAAUGUAGAUGAUUCAGUGACGUUGAUCAUAUUCUUUUGUACUGUUAGCAUCUAUUUAUUAUUUUGAUUUAGUCAAUAAGAAGACACUAUUUGCUCAACAUGAUGAAAUGAAAAACCAAUAGAUACUUGGUUCAGGUGGCA